GAAGAUGUUUGUGGUGAUCCAAAGCAUUCAUGGUCAGUCUGCGGGACUGCAGCAUGCCCAUUGUGUUUGUUGUGACUAGCUUGCGUUCCUGUCAAAGUGUCUCCGGAAGCAUCGGAAGCGCAAUUUUUUGCGGCACAAAAAAUUCGAAUAAUAGAAUAAUUCAUAAGUGCAGAUUACAGCUUAGUCAGAAUAGUUUGAGGGCACAAGUGCAAGUUGGCAUGCCCAUGCCCACUGAGGGACAUGCACGGGCGCUUCAACUUCUUCAAAGUGCCCCCAGACCUCCUCAGCUUGUUGUCUUCGACCUAGAUUACACAUUAUGGCCCUUCUGGUGUGAAAUGUACAGCGCCAGGGACGAAUUCUCUCUGUAUCCAGAGAGCCAAGGCAUCCUUGAGGCCUGCAGGUACAGGACCUUGUUAGACCUGAGCAGAUCCUGGGCGCUGCAAUUGCGGGCUUUGUCAAACGCCACCAAACCGCUACUUAGGAAGGAUUUUCCGUGGUUGUCUCUGAGUGAAUACACACUGGUGCAUGUGUGCCAGAGCAGAGAGUUGAAUAUACCCAUGGCCAUCGCUUCGCGGACGCCCACGCCAAAUGUGGCAAAAGCUUUCAUGAAGAAGCUAGGUUGGCCUGGCUUGUUUGACAGUGUACAGCUCAUACCAGCAUCGUCAGGUUUCGAUCACCACAGCGCUCAAAAGGACACAGCCCAUUUUCCGGCUAUCAAAAGGGAGCUGGGCAUUCCGUACUCAGAGAUGCUCUUCUUUGACGAUGAGUCUCCAAACAUCAGCAAGGUGACUCGGCUUGGAGUCACUUCUAUCCUCGUGCCUUCAGGAAUGUCUGUUGACAUGCUCAGAAAGGGGUUGGAGCAGCACGCCAAGAAUGGAAAGUAAUAUGAAGUGCAAUCAAGCAAUUCCAAAGAUGAAGAUUUGAUCGAUUAGAUUGUAAUCUUGGCGUUCCAGGGC